ACGUCCUUCAUUCCAUCGUUACAACUGUUGUUUUUUUUUUUGUCAUCCGAAUGCUUGCUACCACUUUUACCCGCUCACUUUCGGCCUGCUCGCUUUGCUCUCAAAUGAAGGAGAUCAGCAGCCUGGAGGACACAGUAGCAGCUCUGAAGGAGGGCUACGAAAGAUCUCUUAGUGCCAACGCUGCGUCCCAGAAGGAUCUGCAGGAGAACCUAGUCACUGCCAAGCACGAUCUUCUGCGAGUGCAGGAGCAGCUGGCCUUGGCCGAGAAGGAGUUGGAGAAGAAGUUCCAGCAAACCGCGGCGUACCGCAACAUGAAGGAGAUCCUAACCAAGAAGAACGAGCAAAUCAAAGAAAUUAGGAAACGACUGCAGAAAUACGAGCCAGACGACUGACUGCCGCCUGCGUUCCUUAGUCGGACAGGACCAAGACUUUUUUUUUGGGCCGGUUUGGGACAAGAAGCCGUCAGCUCCAGUGUUUAUUUUUUAUUUCUGCUUUAUCCGGCGUUCUCCGACCCCCGUUAGCUUCAGUAAAGACCAGGGCGGUCAGUUGGGGGAACUCACAACUGCGGAAACAGAAGAUCUGAUGACAGAUAUGUGGUUUAUUCCCCCCCCUCCCCCUCCUUUCACUGUGUCAACUUUGAGCUCGCCUACAGUAGCUGGUAGAUUUCCCUCAGUGCUCUAUGCAAUAACCAACAUUUUCCUGUCUGAAGGGACAUUGUCCUUUCGCUGACCUGGACAGAAACACACGGUCUGCCUGAAGCUUUGAAGUCUUGCAGCGGCCUUGCGAACGCAUUCGUGUCUCUUGAACUUUUUUCACGUUUCAUCGUGUCACGACCACAAACCUUUAGGGGUUUCAUUGGGAUUUUAUGUGAUAAACCGCCACAGCAACACACAGUUUUACAAAUUCAGACCCCUGAGUCAAUAUUGUGUAGAAGCUUUUUUAUCCCCCACUUCAUAUACAGAUACAAGCAUUUCGGGGGAUAUGUCUACCAGGUUUCUACAGAACUUUCUGUCUGUUUUUCUUUACAAAACAGUUCAGGCGCUGUUGGAUUGAAUGGAGACUUUUAGUUUCCAAGUCUUUUUUGCCACAGCUUCUUAAUUGGAUUGAGGUCUCCACUUUGACCGUACCACUCUAUUAGUUGAAUCUAUUUUGACCUUAAUGAUCGAUUUGUAGCUCAGGCGGCAUGUUUAGGGUCAUCCCUGUUCCUUUUGCAGCCUCUAAGAGGUUCUCUUCAAGUAUUUCCCCCUGUAUUUAGCUCCAAAAGCGUCCCCACAGCAUGAUGCUACCUCCAUCAUGUUUCACCAUGGGGAAGACGUGUCCACGACGACGUAUUUGUUUCACGAAGGCAAGGAAAGUCGAAGUAAAGAGCCGAUUUAUGGAGUCCACGACUAACGGUGGUUCACAUUCUGUCUCCCACCUGAGCUGUGGAUCUCUGCAGCCCCUCCAGAGUUACCAUGGGUCUUUAGGCUGCUUUCCUGAUUCAUGCCAUCCAUGCACAGCCUGUUAGGUUAGCUGAACUUCCAUGUUUUAGUACGUUUGCACUUGUUGCAAAUUAUUUCCACUUCCAGGCGAUGAACUGAAUGGUUCUCUGUUAGAUGUUUAAAGCCUGGGAUAUUAAUUAAUCAACCAAACCUGCUCUACGCACGUCUUUCUCCCUAGUCUGCUGUGUUCCUUGGUCUUCACGAGGCUGUUUGUUCACUAAUAUUUUUGACAAACCGCUGAGAGCUUCGCAAGUCACAUGGAUUUAUCAGAUUAUUCUAAAGGAAACAUAUUGCUUCACUUUGUGUCACAUAAAGUUCAAGGAGUAUUAAUACAUUUGCAAGUCGCUGCAUAUAUCCCAGUGUAGCUCCUGGUGAAUAAAUCCUAAUGUUUUGCUCGUCAGUCUUAACUCUAGCAGCACCUUAAAUCCAAGAUCCAGGUUAGAGACAAAGUUCCAAGUAAACUCCAAACCACUUUGUUUAACGUCGAACCACUUUAUGAAAGGUGAUGCUUUCACGAUUGUUACAGGACCCUCUCGCUUAUAUAAACAUUCAACAACAUUUCGCUCCAGAUGUUCCCAAUAAUCUGUAACCGCAGCGUAUUUCCUUUCUGCAUCUAGAUUUAGAGGGCUUAGAAUAUUUUUUUUUUGGUGUUGAAUCCCUGCAUAUUUUUUGUAUUGCUGUACAUAAAUGAUUUUCAUUAUAAUAAUGCUCUUGUAGAGUGUGCAUUUAACUGGAUGGUGAAAAUUUCAUGGGAUAAUAAAAAGUGUGACCAAAUGA